UUUUAGCUCGUUAGUUUUGUCUCCGUGAGCACUUUCUGAUGAAGUGACAUCGAGGGUCUGAUGAUGCAGUCGGAAGGUGGUAUACAGGAUCUACGCUCCGGUAACUCGUAUCGCGCUGUGUUUUAGCUCGUUAGUUUUGUCUCCGUGAGCACUUUCUGAUGACAUCGAUGUCUGGUUUGAAUACAUGCUAAUAAUUUUAUUUUAUUGACAGAUUAAAAUGGAACCCCAAACCCCAAGUACUUCCAGAAGCAUGUUUGUCGGCUUGGAGGUGACUAGAACUCCUCAGGGAUCCCUUAUUCGGGGCAGAGAUGUAGUCUUGGAGACAUCUGGAUCAGGGAGGAUUAGACCUUGGCGGCCCCAAAAUUUAUCUGUGGAAGGCGAAGCCAUAGAGAUCGUGGAUGAGUUGGUCCAUGGCGGCGAAAAAGUAGCUGCUGUACCAGAGGAACGUACGAAAGGUCAGCCGCGUAAUCUUUUUGGCCGAGAACCUGUAAGUUUCAUUUUCAUAACACUCUUUGAAAGUAUAAAUUACUUGCAUUGAGAAAGGGAUUUUUAUUUAUUGCCGCUCUCAUCGUGCACCGGACUAUCUGAUAGAAAUCUAGUCCAUCCAGUAACUAAGGUAAUGUAACUAAGGGUGUUUGGUUUGUGCUUCAAUAACACAAUUCUGCUAAAAUUGGCAAUGCGGUAUGAAUGUAUUGUAACUUCAUUGAUAUAAAGGUGUUUGGUGUAUGCUCAAUAACGUAAUUCAGCGAAAUUGGCAAUAUGGCAUGAAUAUAUUGAAAGUUAAUUGAAUAAAAAUGAACAGGAAUCUCUAUUCCUGUUCAUCGUUGGGAUACACUAAUUAUUCCUUUUUAUAAAAAUAUUGUGGUUGGCAUCUCUAACAAUACCCGCUUUUGUUAUGUUUGUGUGUAUGCUUGCAUGUGGUUUAGGGUUUGGUUUUUUUAAUAGGAUGAAGACAUACUGGAUCCUGAGCUGGCUGAAGAAUUAGCCAUCGACUCUGGAAGUGAUGAGGAUGCCGAGGAAGAAUUGACUCUCGAUCAGUUACAGCAGA